AGACUGAUGUUAUGAUUAUCCUAGAAAGUAACAGGUUACAAGAACGGAUCAUUGAGAGUGACCCCUCUUUGAACCUAAGGAAUAAGUUUAGCUGUCUGUCCCUUUACCAAAAGAAAGUUCCUCCCUUUUUGACCUCUUUCUUUGCCUUCCCCAAACCCCAUUUCAUUAGACAUAGCCCUCUUCUUCAUGCAACCUUCUUGUUCUCUUCUUGCUUCCUUCCUAAGUAACUCUCUCUCUCUCUCUCUCUCUCUCUCUCUCAAAGGACCAAACCAUAGCAGCUCCCUAAUACCUUCUUCCAAUCCAUUACCGAAACCUCGUCAACAUGUCGGAGUUCCAACAACAACAACAACCUCAGCAGCCUCAGCAGCCUCAGCAGGCGGCUCUGGUUUAUCCCAGCUCCACCGCCGGCGUCAAGCCUCCAAUCCACCAUUCCAACGGUUCAUUUGGGGCAGUUUUUAUUGUUCUUGCUGUUAUUGUUGUCUUAUCAGCUCUUGCUUGCUUUCUUGGCCGCCUCUGCAACCGGCGAGUUGUAAACCAGAGGCGGAAGCCGGAGAAGACCCACGGCGGAUCUCACUCCAGAGGGAAAGAACCCAAAUUGCAUCCUGAUAAAGAAGGGGACAUCGAAUUUGGAUUUGAUUCAAGAAACCCAAAUGGGAAAGCCAGUUUCCCACCUGGUGGAAAUGGAGGAUACAAAGGUAAUGGUAAUGGCAACGGUAAUAGCCAUGGAAAUAGCUUCAAACCCUUCGACAAUGGCGGCGAAAUGAGAAGCGAAAUCAAACAUGCUGAUCAUCAUGAAGUAGUAGAUAUCAACUUCAGAGCUGGAGGACAUGCUUGAUGGCACUUGUAAAACCGUUUCGUGUUAAGUUAUAGCUCUGUGAAUUUUUCCUCUGUUUUUUUUUUUUCACUUGAUCUCUGCUGUUUUUCUAAUGACAAGCUUGAAUUCAAUCACUAAUCUGUGAUGAUAUUCAGUGGGUGUUCUUGAAUUCAAUCAAUAAUCUGUGAUGAUAUUCAGGGAGUGUUCUUGAAUUCAAUCACUAAGCUUUUUGAUCGAAUAUCUUGAAGCUCACGGCUUCUUCCAUGAA